AUGGCAAACAUUCGAGUCAUCUCCAAAACUACAAUCAAAGCAACAAAUGACGAAGACAAGUCAAUCCCCAAAAUGAUCGAUUUAACUCCAUGGGAUCUCAAAUAUCUCAAAAUUCAUCAAAUCCAACUAGGCCUUCUUUUCCAUAAACCAAAAACAGACCAAAUCCAACAUCUUAAACAAACACUUUCCUCCACUCUCAACUUGUUCCCACCCCUAGCUGGUCGUCUUGUAAUAACACAAGACGAACACGACCCUAACAAAGCUUCAUGUUCCAUCAUUUGCAACAACGUUGGCGCGUUGUUCGUCCAUGUCACAGCAGAAAACACUACCAUUGCCGAUAUCAUUCAACCCAAAUAUGUUCCUCCCAUUGUUCAAUCAUUAUUCCCACUCAAUGGAGUUAAAAACUACCAAGGCACAUCACAGCCAUUGCUUGCAGUUCAAGUAACAGAAUUAGUCGACGGGAUCUUCAUUGGUAUUGACAUUAACCAUUUGGCUGUAGACGCCAAGUCGUUUUGGUUUUUUGUCAACUCCUGGGCUGAAAUCUCCAAUGGUUUCAAUAAACCAACAGAAAUCCUGUCUUUCCACCGUUGGUUUCCGAACAACAUUGACCCUCCCAUAUGGUUUCCUUUCACAAAGCAAGUGAAAAAUCAACAAUGUGAAGAUUCACCUCAUCAAAUCUUUCACUUCACAAAGGAACAAAUUCUUCAACUCAAAUCAAAAGCAAAUGCAGAGAUUGGUAAUAGUAAUAAUAAUAUUGUUAUAUCUUCAUUGCAAGCACUUAUAUCUCACAUUUGGAUUUUAAUUAUAAGUAAACAUCAUUUUGAACCAGAAGAAGAUGUUAUUUGUGUGUUCCCCAUAGACUGUAGGACAAGAGUGUUUCCGAAGUUAGCAGAUACUUAUUUUGGAAAUGCAAUAGGAGCUGUUGGAGUUGUUAGAAUGAAAGUAGGGAAAUUAAUGGAAGGUGGAAUUGGUAGAGUUGCUGUGGAAAUGAACAAGGUGCUUUCUACGGAAUCUCAUCAUGAGAAGGUAUUGAGUAAUUACGAGUCUUGGUUGAAAACCCCGUUUAUAUUAGAGCCGUCGGAAACAUCAACAAGUCGCGUGUUGGUGGUAGUCAAUUCCCCGCGGUUGAAUUUUUACGGCAAUGACUUUGGUUGGGGUAAGCCUGUAGCAGUUAGGAACGGGAAUGGACUUGAAGACAAUACUGGUGAAGUUAUUGUGUUGGGUGGGGAAGAAGAAGGUAGUAUUGAUCUUGAACUUUGUCUUCCUUGUCAUAUUUUGGAGGCUAUGGAAAAUGAGAUGCAUGCCAUUACUGCAUCACCAACUUUAUCACCUCCUGCUGUGCUCUACAUGCGCUCUUAA